AUAUACAAAUAAUCAUAUAACUGAAUACAAAAUCAAUAACUGUAUGUACCUUUGGAUCUUCGAUUGAGAGCUCCAAUGGCGGAAGCAGCCGAAACCCAGACCGCAGCCGCACAACAUUCCUCUUCGCAGAGACCAGCCGAGGACACUCUAAAGAAUGCUCAGGGACCUACUUCCAAUGGUCUUGGACCAAACAAUGAUGUUCAGAUGUUUCCAAUCAUGUAUCCUGCACUUGUUCCUGGCUUAUAUAAUCUGCAGAACCAGGAACAGAUGAACCGUGGAGCGGGCAUAUAUGCUGUUCCUGUCCUCCCAUUUAUGGGUCCCCUUGCUGGAUUUCCACCAAACACUCUUAUCCCUCUGACCUACAGUAGACCAACUGGACCAAGUUCUUCUGAGGCUGCAACUGGGGGUGAACAUCAAGCACAGGUUGGACAGCAGCAGCAACAACCAGCACCUCAAAGACAAGUUGUUGUGAGGAGGUUUCAAAUUGCAAUUCAGCUUGACCUGUUACUUAUAUUAAAGUUGGCAGCAGUAAUCUUUUUAUUCAACCAAGAUGGAUCCAGACAAAGGCUUGUUCUCCUUGUUUUUUUCGCUUCACUUAUUUAUCUAUAUCUAACUGGAGCUCUCACUCCACUAGUACGGUGGCUUUCACAAGGAAUGCAAAGGGCAGCUGCACCUCCUCAACCGCCGAGGCCAGCUGCUAGGGCAGAGAACAUCCCUCCUGCUGCAAGACAGGGGGAUGGGAAUGCUGCUCAUGCAGAGGAUCAUCCAGAAGCUCAGAAUGAGAAUCAGCCUCCCAAUGACGGAAAUCAAGCAGCUGAAAAUGAGCAGGUGGUGGAGCAUGGUGCAGACAACGGUGGCAACCGGUGGUGGGGUAUUGUCAAGGAAAUCCAAAUGAUCGUCUUUGGCUUCAUCACUUCCCUUCUCCCAGGAUUUCACAACAUAGAUUAGAUUGUAAUUAACAGCGGUAGGGCCAUGGGAUGAACUCAAGACACAUAAGAGAAGGCGAGGGAGGUUGCUCAUUGUUUUAAAUAAGAAUGUAAAAUACUGAAAAUUCUCCUAGGUAUGGUCCAUAUAUACAUACAUGAUGUGUGAUAAAGAGUAUGCUUUGCUUGUGAUAACGAACCUUUGGCGAAGGAUGUUGAACAUAAGACUGGCAUCAUCUUGAUCUA